GCAUAUUUGUCGAAUUUUCGUUUGGGUUCCUAGAGUGCACUAAAUAGUUUGGUAAAUAUAGCCAUAACGGUAUUUGCUGACGGCAACUGUAAUAACUAACAUUAAGGUAAGGUCAAGCAACCGAUAUGUUUUUAAAGUACCUCUUCGUGUUAUCGUAUCUUACUUACAUCCUCAAUGUUUAUGGUUUAGAACAUAAAACAAUACUUCGAAAAGAUCGUAAUAUUCUGCUUAGAAAAAGAAGAUAUCUGCAAUUUCCAGAAGGGAGCACAGUAAUAUUCACGUUUUCUUUUGUGAAAGCAGUCAUGGUGCGGAAACCUAAAGGCUAUAUGAGUCUUUUGGAAUGCGACAUACCUUUCAAACUACCCUCUGCUACUGACAGACCCAUAAAACACAAAUUUAGAUAUGGCAGAAGUGUCGAAUUGAAAGCAAAAUGGAUUAGAAUGCUCAACAGAUUGGGGAUCAACGGUGAAUCUUGUGUGAAGAGAAUGAUUUGUGAAGCAGAAUCUAUUGUAGGAUACAGGAACAAAUCCAUAAUGUCUAGAAUUGUAGGAACUUUGUUUAGAGAAUUCUUAGGUUCUGAAAGCUGUGCUUCUGAAGAGUUGCAAGAUUGCAUUCUACCCCCUUUUUCUGAAAUACUGAGGAAAAUUUUGAGGCUCGAAACUUUUGAUUAUCCAUAAAUUAUAUAAAAUUGAAUAAAAGUCGAAAAUCCUU